AUGCCAGUGACGUAUGGGCCUCAACCAUUGCAGAAGCUUAAUACAGAGACUAGACAUGGGUUCGGUGAUCAAUACUCCUCCGAGCAAUUCCUAGAGUCACUCGCUAAUGAUUUCAUGUUUUAUUUUGACGAUAAGCGGCACAAAACGAGUGGAAACCCAACUUCUCGCGAGGAAAAGAAGAGAGACUCGAAACGCUACUAUCAACCCAUUAAAGACUGGAAAAUCCUAAAAGAACGUCAAAAGACUGUUUCUGCUGCCCUUUUACUGUGUCUGAACCUAGGCGUGGAUCCACCGGAUGUGGCCAAGACCAAUCCCUGUGCCCGACUCGAAUCUUGGGUUGAUCCGCUCAAUUUUCAAGAUUCCAAGAAGGCCAUCGAACAGAUAGGUAAAAACUUACAGGCGCAGUAUGAAACACUAUCGCUCAGAACUCGCUACAAGCAGUCCCUUGAUCCUUGUGUAGAAGACGUGAAAAGGUUUUGCAACUCCCUUCGGCGAGCAUCAAAGGAUGAGCGAAUAUUGUUUCAUUACAAUGGGCACGGUGUGCCACAGCCUACGACUUCAGGAGAGAUGUGGGUUUUCAAUCGAGGCUAUACACAAUAUAUUCCUGUAUCACUUUAUGACCUUCAGACCUGGUUAGGCGCUCCUUGUAUUUAUGUCUACGACUGCAAUAGUGCGGGGAAUAUUGUCACCAACUUUCGAACUUUUGUGCAAAAAAGAAUAAAAGACGACGAAGACGGUAACCAUGAUGCAUCAGCACCUUCUUCCACGCAAGCCUACACAGAAUGUAUCCAAUUGGCAUCAUGUCGAGCGAAUGAACUUUUACCUAUGAAACCUGAACUACCGGCUGAUUUGUUCACUUGCUGUCUAACCUGUCCAAUUGAAAUUAGCGUCGACAUUUUUCUGAUGCAAUCCCCGCUGCGUGAAACAAAGUAUGCACUAUUAUUCCAAAACAAUGAUGAAAGGACACAAAGAAAUGGCGAGAAGCUCUCGUCCUCAAAACCGAAUGUAACAAUUCCCGGUAAGCUCUCAGACAGACGGACACCCCUUGGGGAGCUAAAUUGGAUAUUUACUGCCAUUACUGAUACAAUUGCUUGGACCUCACUUCCUCGCCCACUGUUCAAAAAGUUGUUUCGUCACGAUUUGAUGGUUGCAGCACUCUUCCGAAAUUUCCUUUUGGCGAAGAGAGUCAUGCCGUGGUUCAAUUGUCAUCCUGUUUCUGACCCCGAGCUUCCUGACUCUAUUUCGGACCACCCUAUGUGGAAGUCGUGGGACUUGGCCAUCGAUGAAGUGCUAAGUAAACUUAUCAGCGAAUUACAGGCUGCUCCGUCUACUCCGAAUGAUUUCGAAACACAAUACGCCUUACAAGAGCAACAGGUGAAUGUGGGUCGUGAGGAAGGGCUUUUAUCAAAAGCUUCUGCCGGAACUUUGAGCACAAUGUCUUUGGUCAACCAGCGAUUGGGUAGCGCUACUCAAGUUCCCCACCAACUGGCUCAACAACUGCCACCGAACGCUCAGCUUCAGUUACAACAGCAGCAGUUCACAGGUUUUUUCGAGCAAAAUCUGACUGCAUUCGAACUUUGGUUAAAAUAUGGUUCGAACACUCGAACACCACCAGAGCAAUUGCCGAUAGUUUUACAAGUACUUCUCUCCCAAGUGCACCGAGUAAGAGCCUUGGUUCUCUUGUCGCGCUUCUUGGAUUUGGGUCCCUGGGCCGUUUAUCUCUCCCUCUCGAUAGGAAUAUUCCCUUAUGUUUUAAAGCUUCUACAGAGUCCGGCCCCUGAACUGCGGCCAAUUCUUGUCUUCAUUUGGGCUCGAAUAAUGUCCAUCGAUUACAAAAACACUCAGGCUGAGCUGAUCAAAGAAAAGGGCUAUAUUUACUUCGUGAAAAUGCUGGUGCCCGAAUGGGGUACGACCGUUCUCGCACCACCACCAUUACAACGCGCAGUUAGUGGUGGGGGCUUAACGAUGCACGCUAAUGCUAGCGUUGGAACUCAAAGGUAUCAAAAAUAUCAAAGUUUGCAGAACUCACAAAAUAAUGGUGCUGUUUUAGAUAACAAUACGACCGAUGAGCAAAAAGCGAUGGCCAUGUUUGUUUUGUCAUCGUUUGUCAGAGACUUCCCUUUGGGUCAAAAGUGUAUCUUCUCCUUAGAGCUACUUGGGAAACUGAGUUUCUAUGUUGAAACUUCUGAGGUGCCGCUUUUGAGGCAAUGGUGUAUCAUUCUUUUGGGACAACUGUACUUCAAAAAUCCGCUGAACAAGUACAUUUGCAUGACCUGUGGGUUUCUGGACAUAAUUUUCACCUCUUUGAAAGACCCAGUCCCUGAAGUUCGUUGUGCAGCUUUAGUUGCCAUCAAUAUGUUUUUAUCAGAAAAAGGCGAGGCAGAAGUUGCCGUACAGCUGCAGCACGAGAUGCAGCAACAAUUUCAACAGCUGCAGAUGCAGCUUCAGUCAUUGCAAUCCUCUGGACAGGUCCAAAGGCAACAAGCGCAGGCAGAGCACCAAUUGCAACAACUUCAAACACAUCUUUCGUUGUUGAAAAAUUUGGACUUUAGGAAAGUAAAGCAAGAAGAGAUCAAAAUGACCAUUACCGCCUUGGGGCUGGUGAACGAUGGGUCGCCUUUAGUUCGAAAAGAAUUGAUAGUUUGCUUGUCUCAUCUCGUCCAUCGAUACACAAAUUUCUUCUUCGUAAUUGCCUUCAAUGAAAUUUGCGAUGAGAUUUCCCAACUGGAAUCUUCAUGGGAAGGAGGUGGUUUUGACAGUAAGCAAUCAAUGGCCCAUGGAUCAAUUUUCAACACGGUCUGGAAGUCACUAUUAAUUUUGACCGAAGAUCCUUUUCUUGAGAAUAAAGCACUUGCCCAACAAGUUGUGGACUAUAUCUUUAUCAAACUAAGCGAUCACCAGCAAUUAAAUGAGGUUGUUGUUCUGAUGGAGCUUUACCUAAUGAGGCAUACGGGUGGCAAUAGCAAUGCUUCGAAUUUCGGGCCAACUAUAGUUUCAACUUUACCCACUGCAAAGCGGCCAACAAGCUUGGCCUUAGGCGAUAAGGAGGAUAGCAGAACAGAGUCUUCAGAAUCGAAACAAAACUUUUCUAGGCGGGUUUAUUCUUUGACCGGGCUAUUCAAGGCGCUGGGAUGGGAAAAUGGGGAGAAUGAAUCCGGAAAAGAAGCGCCUGCUAAAAGGGCUUUCGAAAAGCUCCAGGGCUCUAAUCUUAUGAGCUUACCACAUGGCACCGAACCAACGCCAUCCACCCCUAGGUUCAAUAAAGACAGUGGAUCUACGGAAGUACCUCUCAAAUCAACGUUCUUGGACUAUUCCCGGGAGUAUUUUCAGGAACCACAAAUGAAAAAGCAGGAAGCAGAUGAACCCGGCAGCACGGAGCACACCGCAAGGCUCUGGCGUAAAAAUAGAAAUGAAACGAUUAUCCAAAGAACGCAAGCGCAAAAAAAACUGUCUCUUUAUGGAGAUUGGUCGAACAACAUAGCCGUCUUAGAGAAUAAAACGCAACCAAAAAUUCUAAAGUUCUGCCAGUUCGAAAACUAUGUUGUGUCUGCUGAUGAUAGGGAUAACAUUGCAGUGUUUGACUGGGUAGAUAAGUCUAAACUCGCGACUUUUUCAAACGGAAAUCCUUUUGGUACAAAAAUUACGGAUAUUAAGUUUCUGAAUGAGGACGACAUACCUUUAUUACUAACUGGCUCCUCGGAUGGGAUAGUGAAGAUUUACAAUAAGUUCAGCGACAUACAUGAUCUCGAGCUUGUGUCUUCUUGGAGGGGCCUUACCGACUUACUCUUAACACCUAGAUCCACUGGAUUACUGACUGAAUGGCAACAGAGUAGGGGCUCUUUGCUUGUAACAGGAGAUGCCAAAAUUAUUAGAAUUUGGGAUGCACUUACCGAGACAGUUGAUGUGGAUAUCCCUGCCAAGUCAUCUUCGCUGAUUAGUUCAAUCACAUCCGACCAACUGUCUGGAAAUAUGUUUAUCACUGGAUUUUCAGACGGUUCAUUGAGGGCGUAUGACCGACGUCUGGAUCCUAGAGAUUCAAUGGUGAAUUGUUGGCGAUCUCAAGACGGGUUGUCCAAUUCCGGUAUAAACAACGUUCAUCUGCAAAGAGGCGGAUACAGGGAGCUAGUUAGUGGAACAGAUGAUGGGCUGAUUGAACUUUGGGAUUUGAGAAGCUCCAACCCAAUUAGCAGAUUUAAGGAUCAAGGGGAAAAAACAAGCUCGACUGGAUCUCGGAUGACUACGAUGACUUCAAUGCAAGUACAUGAACAUGCUCCGAUUAUCGCAACAGGCACGAGACAGCUUAAAAUAUGGACGACCUCUGGGGAUAUUCUAUCGAGUUUCAAAAAUAAUCCGCAAACGCACGCUGGCGGUGUGGCUGGUACACUUGCAACUGGGAUUGGUAACUCGAGAGUAUCAGGCUCCUUUAUCUCGACGAUGGCUUUGCACCCUCAUGAGAUGAUUUUGGCUGCCACUAACUCACAUAGCACUAGCAUAAACGUCUAUGAAUGUCAUGACGGAAGACCAGAUUAUGUGUAUUAG